AUGGCAUUUUUGUACCAAAUGCUAGGAAGCAAAGUGUGGCCGCCCCGCGACACGAAACCCGAUCUGACUGGACGGACUCUACUCAUUACUGGCGCGAAUUCCGGCCUCGGAUAUGAAUCAGUGAUCAAAUUUGUUCGUGGUUCCGCCAAAAGAAUCAUCAUCGGCGUACGGUCGGUCGAAAAGGGUGAGGAGGCCAAAAAGGCGAUACUAGCCCAAACACACCCAAAUAAUGUCACCAUCGACGUUUACCAUCUAGAUAUGCUGGACUACACCACGAUUGAGGCUUUUGCGUCGCGCGUAAAUCGCGAGGUGGACCGUCUAGACUAUGUUGUGCUCAAUGCCGGCAUUAGCCCUCAUGCGUACAAAAAAUCAGCCUACGGAUUCGAAUCGGGUCUGCAGGUUAAUCUGGUCUCGACGACACUUUUAGCAUUACUUCUCCUGCCUAAGCUACUGGCGAGCAAGAUCGACGACUUCACCCCGGUGCUUGAAUUCGUGGGGUCUGGCACACAUCAGCGGAUGCCGGAGCUGCUGCCGGAUACUGAUAACCCGGAGAAAGAUAUCCUAGAUGUCUACAACUCAGAAGCCUCAUUCAAGGCGUUCGGGUUUAUUCAACAGUACUCAUUGACAAAGCUCUUUCUCAUGUAUGUGCAGUGGCACCUUGUGAAGCUUGUGAACGAUCAAGCUGGAUCACCUCGAGUAUACGUCGUUGUUGUUGGCCCCGGCCCGACUCGGUCUGCAUUGGCAAGAGACUUUCAAGAUCAAUCCUUUGGAAUCCGCGUCGCUAUCAAUACUAUGAAUCUGAUGACGAAAACAGCAGAGCAGGGCGCAAGAACAUAUCUCAGUGGCCUUAUGCUUGGCGAAGAGGGCCACGGGCAGUUUUGGCAAUGGGACUCAAUCAAUAGGUGUGUAUUGGAGACUAGGCACAAGUUUAAAGACACUAGAUCGCUAAUCGGAGUCAACAAUAGGCCUGCAAAGUGGUGUUCGGACCCGAAUGCUGUGAUGCGAUCGGAGCGAGUCUGGGCUAGCGUGCUUGCUGCUCUUGAAAAGGACUUCCCUGGAACUGGGAAGCUUGUAGAAGGGAUGAAGGAUGGACUCUCCACUUAUUGA